CACCCUUCUCGCUUCCUCAGAAGAAAAGAAGAAGAAGAGGAGGAUUGCUUUAGAUGGCAGGUUUGAGCGUUCUUUUGGAAGCCCAGAAGAACCUCCCUAGAAACACCCAAAUCCUCAGCAAGACCUCCAUCCUUAGAAACUUUUCUCUCUCCUCCAUUCCUCCUCCCAUCCCCCCUCCCUCCCCUUCCUCCUUCCCCACAAGCCCUUUCCUGGAAUUCUGCUACCUCUGCCGCAAAAGACUCGAAGAAGGGAAGGACAUCUACAUGUAUAGAGGUGACAGGGCGUUUUGUAGCGUGGAGUGCCGGUGCAAGCAGAUAUUCAUGGACGAGGAGAGCGGGAGGAGGGACAACUGCUCCCUCGCCGCCGCCGCCGCCGCCGCCGCCUCCACCGCCAUCGAGAGAGGCGGAGCGGCGGCGGCGCGUCACCGGGGGCGGGUGGCCGAGAAGGGGCCGGCGGUGGCCGGCAGCUUCGCGUACUGAGAGCGGGGAGGAGCCCAUGGUUUUGAGAAACAAGUGUGGGUUUGUCUCUUGUUUAGACGAAAAUGCCCUCCUUGUUUUUUUUUUUUGUGGUGGAGGAAUAAGCGCGGAAGGCUCCUGGAAGCCUGAGGCUAUUUCGGUCUUUUCCGUGAUCCUGUUGCGUGUCGUCCAAAUGCAUUGAAUCCGUGGCAGGAUAGGGUAAUAGAUCGCUGGAUUCCGCUGGAGAAAUGUUUGCAUAAAAGGAAAAAAAAGAAAGAGAGAAAUGUAGGAGUUGUACUUAAGAGUAACAAUAAGAAGGACAUUCAUUAGAUUCAACUUUCUUUUUCUAUUUUUGUGUUAUGAGUUAUCUUUCUCCCUCUAUGAAUAAAUAUAAUUGUUUUGUGUAUAAGAUUGCAAAUAUAUGGGCAGUGUUUCUGUGGAUUCUC